AUGGUCAAAACAAACAAAGGGCGUCAAAGAAUCACCAUGACCAAAAUGAAGAACGAGAGUAAUCUUAAGGUGACAUUUUGCAAAAGAAAAAGUGGGCUUUUCAAGAAAUUCAGCGAGCUUAUCAUACUAUGUGGGGCUGAAGUUUUACUUCUAGUAUUUUCACCAACAAACAGAGUGUUCUCCUACGGUCAUCCCAGUGUAGAUGAAAUAGUUGGGCCAUUAUUUGGUUCAUCCCAGGAACUAAAUGCUAAUGUGAUGCAAGUUGAGAAGUUGAUGGAGGUUGAGGAACAGCAUGGGAAGAAGAUAAAUCAUGACAAGAAAGUUGGGCAGGAUCAAAGAUGGUGGGAGAGAUCGAAUAAAGAGAUGAGUUAUCAACAACUUGAACAUCUCAAGAUGUCUCUAUUGAAUUUAAAUGCCAUUGUGACCCAAAAGAUGUUGGAGUUUUCUAACCCGUAA